AUGUCACAAACUAUACUAACAACAUUGGGGAUGAUGAUAAUUGACGAAAUCCAAUAUCCCCCUUCCUCAAAUAAACCACCAAUAACCGACCAAAUAGGAGGAGCAGGACCGUAUGCCAUAAUCGGAGCACGUGUGAUUUCAACCAUUAACCAUGCAUCACAAAUCUCGGGAAUUAUCGACAAAGGAGCAGAAUUCCCCAAGGAGGUAGAAUCAGAAAUACAGAAUUGGGGAACUGGGGUUAUAUUUCGAGAAGAUAAGUCUAGAUUAACUACUAGGGGCGUGAAUGUAUAUUCGGAAGAUGAUAUACGAUCAUUUUAUUAUCAGACACCAAAGAAACGAAUUGUGGUUGAUGAUGUUUUGGAAUUUCCGAAAUUGGCAGAGUCGAGGGCAUAUCAUUUGAUUUGUUCUAUACUGAGGUGUGAAGAGAUUAUAGAUAGAUUGAAUGAGAUUUUUGACAAGGAUGAGGAAAAGAAGAUGUUUAUUUUUGAACCAUUGCCUGAUGAUUGUAAACAUAAGAAUUUGGAAGCUUUGAAAAGGUUACUUCCAAAGAUUAACAUAUUUACUCCUAAUUUAGAUGAAGCUCGUGAUCUCUUAAAUUCUUCAAGUGAAGAAGACGUCAAGGAAAUUGCUACCCGAUUCUCUGAGUUUUUACAAUUGCCAAAUUCUGGAACUGUGAUUCGAUGCGGGCCCCAAGGGUGUCAUAUAUCAACCAAAGGGGGAAACUCAUUCGGCCUUCCUGCAUAUCAUCAAGACCCAGCUAAUGUGAUCGAUGUUACCGGAGGAAGGAUUUAUGAUGGGAUAUUAUUUAAGUAA